AUGCCAACCCUCGAUGACAUUUUAGAGCAUGUUGGAGAAUUCCACAAGUUCCAGAAGCAAACCUUCUUUGUCCUGUGUUUGCUUUCUGCUGCCUUCACCCCGGUCUAUGUGGGUGUUGUCUUCUUUGGGUUCAUCCCUGAGCACCGCUGCUUCAGCCCCGGCGUCGCAGAGCUGAGCCAGCGCUGUGGCUGGAGCCUGGAGGAGCAGCUCAAUCACACAGUGCCCGACUGGGGUGGCCAUGGGGCCGGUUUCAGCAGCCGCUGUAGGAGGUAUGAGGUGGACUGGAACUCAACGGGUGUCAGCUGCACCGACCCCCUCGGCAGCCUUGGGGGCAACCGGAGCACCGUCCCUCUUGGGCCCUGCCAGCAUGGCUGGGUCUACGACUCCCCAGGGACCUCUCUUGUGACUGAGUUUAACCUGGUGUGUGAGGACUCCUGGAAGCUGGACCUCUUUCAGUCUUCUGUGAAUGCUGGGUUUUUUAUUGGCUCCAUGAACAUUGGCUACAUAGCAGACAGGUUUGGCCGUAAAUUUUGCCUCAUAACUACAAUUCUUGCAAAUGUUGUCUUUGGAAUCCUUCUGGUCUUUGUGCCCACCUACCUGUGGAUAGUUAUCAUCCGGUUCCUCCAAGGGCUGGUCAGUAAGGGCUGCUGGACCGCAGGCUACAUCCUGGCAACAGAAGUCGUUGGUCCGAAGUAUCGGAGGACAGUGGGCAUCCUCUACCAGAUGGCCUUCUCCAUUGGGCUCCUGGUCUUUGAUGCCAUUGCUUAUGUCAUCUCUGACUGGCGAUGGCUGCAGUUCGCUGUCACCCUGCCAAGCUCCUUCUUCCUGCUCUACUACUGGUGCCUCCCAGAGUCUCCCAGGUGGCUGAUAUCUCAAGGAAAAAAUGACAAAGCCAUGAAAAUUGUCAGUGAUAUAGCUAAAACAAAUCGGAAAAAGAUGCCUUCCCAUUUUGUGAAUAUUAAGUUUGAAGAGGAUGAUGGUGGAAAGCAGAGCCCUUCCUUCUUUGACCUUGUCAGGACACCACAGAUGAGAAGAAACACAUUCAUUUUGAUGUACAACUGGUUCACAAGCUCUGUCCUCUACCAGGGGCUUAUCAUGCACAUGGGAGUAGCUGCCGGGAACAUGUACCUGGAUUUCCUCUAUUCUGCACUUGUUGAGUUCCCAGCUGCCUUCAUCAUCAUCACCACCAUUGACCGCAUUGGGCGACGUUACCCCUGGGCUGUGGCCAACAUUGUGGCUGGGGUUGCCUGCCUUGUCACAGCCCUGAUCCCAGAGGACAUACAUUGGCUAAAAGUGAUUGCUGCUUGCAUCGGGAGAAUGGGAAUCACAAUGGCUUUUGAAAUGGUUUGCUUUGUAAACACCGAACUGUAUCCAACAUACAUCAGGAACCUUGGGGUGAUGGUCUGCUCUUCUUUGUGUGAUGUUGGUGGAGUCAUCGUCCCAUUCAUUGUGUACAGACUGGUGGAAGUGUGGCACGAUCUGCCACUCAUAGUCUUUACUGUCCUUGGUUUGAUUGCUGGUGGAUUGGUGUUGCUUCUACCUGAAACUAAAGGAAGAGUUUUGCCUGAGACUGUUGAAGAUGUUGAAAACUUUCACAGGCAAAGUGCUCCAAAGGCCAAAAAAAUCUAUCUUCAUGUCCAAACGUCAGAAGUAGCAGAUGACUGAAGAAGGCUUAACUCUUCCUGGACAAGCUGCUUCAGGGCACUAGCAUUGAAAGGCAAAUUGCAAUAUAAAUACUCUCUAAAAA